UUGACACCGUCUCAUUUUGUAUUCUAACACUUUAUGUAAAUAUGAUUAUUUCUCAUAACAUCCUAUUAAGCAUGCAAUGCUACCCAACCUUCCGAUUUGCUAAAUACGGCCCUAUAAUACAGCGGAUGUUGAGUUUUAUUUUAUGUUUUUCUACGUGUUUCUGUGCACCUGUUCACUUCAGAAUUGUUUUAUUAUUGAUGAGGAAUAUUUACUCUAAACGUCCCUAAUGAAUAUUUUGAUGAGAAAAUAUGUCAGUAAACGUCCCUGUGAUAGCAAGAGGCCACCAUGUUAUUACAUAGUUAAAUGUUGUUAAUGACUUAAUGUUGACAAUGACCAUAUACAGUCUCUCAGAUCUAUAACAAUUCAAACCAGCGGUUCAUAACAGCACUUGAAGUCAUUAACCUGUUUUGCCGUGUUCACCCAGUUUAGAUGCAUUAAUUUUGCUUCGGCGCUUUGUCUAAACAGAGGCGUAUUUCUGCAGUUGCCUUUUUGUGUGCGUUUUUCAAACAAAGACGUAAAGACAAUAAAAGAACAAAAGGUGUAUAUCUGCAGUCGCCUUAUUGUGUCCGUUUUUCAAUUAAUAAAAAAACAAAGAGCUUUACUGUAUAUCCUUGGAUCUAUGCAAUGAUGAGUUUAAUGAUAUGGUGGUUAUUGUGGCUGUUAUUUGGUCAAGGGUUCACAAUGAAAAUGGGUUGGAAUGAAGAACUUGAGUUUUGUGAGGAAGAAUGGAAGAAAUUUGUGGCGGACAAAAUAGAAAUCGAUUCGAAAUGCAACAAUAUUCGUACACGUUGUUGUGUUGAGGAGAAGAAAUAUCUUUUGGAGCGAUUUAAAAUGUUUAGUGAAAUAUGUCCUCUUGAAGGGACAUGUGGAUGCAGCCAGAUUAUUUUGAACAUUACUGAGGUGUUACCCUUCCGUCUUUUACGAAAAGCAUUAUACGAAAAAUUGAAAGAAGCAAAAAACUUCACGUGUUCACAUAAGUAUAUAAAUGAAAAAGUAGAGUAUGGAAAUCGUAUACGUUAUACUAGCUUUGGAAUCCGACAAUACAAAUUCCCUUCCAAGUAUGUUUUAUACGGUGGAAAAAGUCACACCUGUUAUGUUGUCAUGAACGUGAACCUAAAACGACAAGAUACGAAUGGAUUUUUCAUCAAACAUGUUCAGUCAGGAAAGUGUGUUGGGGAUAAUUUACCCUUUAACAUGCUGUAUACAAUGAAUUGUUUUGAGAAGUCAGCUUAUUUUAAAUUUUUACAAUCUGGCUCCAUCAAUAGGUCGAAUACAACAAGGUGUCUUGUGAGAUACGGAAUUUAUGUGGACUUAUCUGACGGAAAUUUUAAUGAAGAAUGCGGAGCCAUCAAUACCAUAACCCAAACAAAUUGGGGUGGUCUAUUUUAUAAACGCUUUAAUAAAUGUAUAGUAGCAAAGGCCUCCUUGGAACUUGUCAGUUGUAAAAAUGAAGAAGAUCAGCGAUUCAAUUUUGGCUCAGUAACAUGUGAUGGAAAAAUAUAUCGGACGUUAGUUGUUCUAAUAAUCAAUAUAUGGUGAUAAAAUUGCAGAAUAUCGUGGAUU